CCCUUCUCCUUUCUCACCUCUCUCGCUCUCCACUUUCCACUUUCCACUUUCUCUCUACCUUUCUGUUUUUUAAAAGGCUAACAACCCAAUGGCCAUCAGAAAGGCGAGCAAAAUGCCACAAACGGCGGUGCUCAAGCAGCUACUCAAGCGCUGCUCCAGCUUAGGGAGAAAGGCCCAGUACGACGAAGCGGGUCUCCCUUUGGAUGUUCCCAAAGGCCAUUUUGUUGUCUACGUGGGUCAGGAUCGAACCAGACACAUUGUCCCCAUCAAAUUUCUCGAUCAUCCUCCCUUCCAAAUCUUGCUUCAGCAAGCCGCUGAAGAAUUUGGGUUCGAUCAUGACAGAGGACUCACUAUUCCUUGCGAUGAACAUGUGUUUCAGGCCUUAACUUCAUCGCUUCUUACUCAACUUUAAUUCAUUUCUCUUUUAUUAUAUAACUAUAUAUAUAUAUAUAUAUAUAUAUAGGGCUAUAGUUUAGUCAGUGUUUCUUUUUUGUUCUGGCUAAAGCGAUGAAGCUGCUGCACUUGCUUCUCUGCCAUAUAAUGCGAAAUCUCUCUGUUUCUUUCUUUUCCUUUUCUUUGAAAUUUAACAGUCGAAAUUGAAGCCACGAUUCCCGAUGCAAGAAAAGAAACUGUAAUUAGUUUGGGGAAAUGCAAAUUUGACUAAUGACGGUGAGAGAGAGUGGGUUUGUUCUUGUGAAUGUGAUUUUGUUGUCUUUCAAUCCUCAA